ACCAGAAACCCUAACUCUCUCGCUCAACUCUGCCAUUCACACACACCCUCGCUCCGUCGACGCUCGUCACGCUCCGACGCAGACCCACCUCUGCUUCUCCGCGUUCCUUGUUCGUGUCCUUCUCCGAUCUAUCUCUGUAUCUGGAGAAAUCGUGCACGAGCCCUCGUCUUUGCUUCUUUCGCUUUGGUGGAAAAUGUCGGACUAUGUAGACACCAUCACUUCCCAUGCAGUCACAAGCGAACUCGACCAUCCGGUGAUCGAUCUCAACCGUCCAGAUCUGAACGAUCCGAUGGAAUAUCAGGAUUCGGGCUCGUCCUUCUUCGAUUGCGAGAGCAUCGUCUCCGUCGAUCAAUCUGGCUUACGUCUGGUGCCGUUCAUCAGCAGCGGGUUGGUGGAACUCAGCGAGGGAGACAUGGUCCGCCGCUUUCUCAAGGAGAGAUUCCUCUGACGGGUAGGUGCGCUCAGGGAGCAAGUCACCGUGGUGACGAUCCACCAGAACGGCUUCACCAGCGUCUCCGCGAGAGGACGGGCCCGAACGUUUCAAGAUUGCUCAGAGGCGAUGGAGAAGAAAGGCAACGGCAACACGGCCAACGUGAGGUACGCAUGGUAUGCGGCCUCGAGGGAAGAGGUCUCCGAGAUCUUCUCCCAUGGCUUUGGCUACAGUGGGAAGCCUCAGAACAGUGGGUUGUAUGGCCGUGGACUUUAUUUUGCUCCUGAAAAUCAUCUUCUCGAAAGCGUUAAGGUGGCACCUAUGGAUUCAGAGGGCCUCAGGCAUGUGCUGCUUUGCCGGGUCAUACUGGGGAAACCGGAGCUUGUUAGUUUUGGCUCGGAACAGUCUCAUCCUAGUUCGGAACAGUACGAUUCGGGCAUCGACGACUCAUCAUCUCCAACGAGAUACAUUGUUUGGAGCACCCUCAUGAACACUCACGUGUUGCCGGAGUACGUUAUCAGCUUUAGAGCCCCUUGUGGCUUGAGAGUGUUGUUGAGGACUCUAGAGAAACCGACUUCCCCUCGGGUGACACUUUCGAUGUUGUUUUCGAAACUCUCGAAGAUCUUACUUCCAUCUGACGCCAAUUUGCUCCCCAAGUAUUAUGAGGACUACAAAGGGGGAAAGAUUUCGAGGCAUGUGCUGAUACAAAAAGUCAAGCAACUUGCAGGGAAGUUUGCUGAUUGGAAUCAUCAGAAAAUUUUGGAAAUAAGCAAAAAGGAGCGUGCAGUGGCUGGUUAUGGGACCAUGGAGGGCCUUGAAUAAGAUUGGAUGCGGCGUACAAAUAAGACUGGUUUUCAUUUUAUAUGAGUUCACAGCACACAGUGGAGCGAGCAAAUGGUACACAAGAUGUGGACGAGGAGGAGGACCAUCCGAAUCGGACACUAACAUAGUUGCGGACUCUUAGAUAGGAAAUAUAUUCUUUCGGAGUUUGUAUGAUUUGCUGAUCAUUGAACAUUUGUGAUUGGUUAUAGUCAUAAACGCGGUCUUCUCUUGGUCCCUAUGUCACAUGUCUGUUUGUUUUCAAUGGAGUAUCAAAACUCUUCUUUAGUUGA